ACCACCAAUGACAACAAUAAAAAUCUUUUAUCAUUAUCAUUCGAAAUUUCUUUAGUUCUUAGCUUUUGCCUUCUACGCAAAUUUAGUGCGACUUAUCGUUAAUCGUUGCUGUUUUUGUGACUGUUGAUUAUUGACUAUUGACUAGUUGUAAUUUGUAUACGGUACCUUUGAAUGAUUAUGUUAAUUGCAUAAAUAGGUUAAUAAAGUUAAUAUAAAUAAUAUAUUGUACACUAUGAGUUUCCUGGGUAAGAUUUUCGGUAGCAAAAAGGAAGAGAAAGGACCUUCGACGGAAGAUGCGAUACAAAAGCUUCGAUCCACAGAAGAGAUGCUGAUAAAAAAACAAGAAUUUUUAGAAAAAAAAAUUGAACAAGAAGUAGCGAUAGCAAAAAAAAAUGGUACAACUAAUAAACGAGCUGCAUUGCAAGCCUUGAAGCGUAAGAAACGGUAUGAACAACAACUAGCGCAAAUUGAUGGUACCAUGUUAACUAUUGAACAACAGCGAGAGGCAUUAGAAGGUGCUAACACAAAUACAGCAGUAUUAACUACGAUGAAAACAGCUGCAGAUGCACUGAAAUCGGCUCAUCAAAAUAUGAAUGUUGAUGAUGUUCACAAUAUGAUGGAUGAUAUAGCAGAGUCACAAGAUUUAUCCAAAGAAAUAUCAGAAGCUAUUUCAAAUCCAGUUGCAUUUGGAACUGAUGUAGACGAAGAUGAAUUACAAAAGGAAUUGGAAGAGCUAGAACAAGAAGAAUUGGACAAAGAGUUGUUGAAUACAGGCAAGACACCUGUCAACGAUUUGCCAACGCCUGCAGUGCCAACAUUUGAGCCCAGUGGCCGAGGCAAAGCAAAAACUAAAGCUGAAGAGGAUGAUGACGAAAUGAAAGAAUUAGCUAAUUGGGCUUCAUAAAAAAAUGUUUAAGUGACGUCAAAAUAUUUGAUGGUAAACAUGAUAAGAAAAAUAUUUUUAAAUUUAUAAAUGAUCAGUUAAUUUGCUAUUACGUUAUUACAUAGAUACUAUUUAACACGAAUUUACUGUCAACAUACUUAUUUUUGUUUAUACCAUUAUUUUUUUCCAAGCAAAUAUAAAACAAAAUAAUAUGCUGUUAAUAAUGAUACCCAAUCUUCAUAAUUGAUCCAACAAUUAUUUAAUAUAAUUUACCAAGCAGCGUUUUAUGAAAAAAAGAAAAUAGUAAACUAUAUUCACAUUAAUCCAGCUUCUUGUAUAUACAUACUACCUUAUUGUUAAUUGUGAACAUAUUUUAAUAAAAUUCAUAAUUAAAAUAAAACAUUUUAUAUAGAAUAGCAUGGUGUUAAAUUUAUUUAUUUUACUUUUAAACCUUUUUUUGUAAUUAUAAUCUAAAUUAAAAAUAUAUUAAUUUUAUAACUUAAAUAUUUAUUUUAAUUGAUUUUAUUAAAACGAAAAAAUUAAAAAUUAAUUAUUUUUUAUUUAAAAUGUUGUUUUUGUUAACACACUGCACUGUGCAUCAAUAAGUUCCCUUAUUUUUCUAAAGGUAACCGGCAUAAUUUAAUAUUUUAUUUUAGUAUUUGUAUUGAAACUUAAAUUAUAAAUUUAGUAGGCUUGUAAUUUGUUGGAAUCACUGACAUCUAUUAAUUUGGUAUAUAUUUUAUCUUUUAAGUACUUAUAUAGUUUUAUUAUGUAUAUGUUUAUAUAGUAUUCAGUGUACAUACUAGUAUGAACGUGUGUUGUCUACUAUUUUUGUUUUUUUUUCUUGAUCAUAAUUUUUAAAACAUUAGAAUUAUUACAAACUUCUGGUAGAAAAUAUUUAACAGAUUAUACUGACAACUGACUUUAUUUAUGCCAAAUAAGCAAUAUCAUCUCUAUAGUCUACUAAAACAACAACUACAAUAAAAUACAAUUAAUGAUGUGUUGUAUGUAUUAGUAAUUUAAACCAAUAAAUAAAUAGAAAAAAGUUGGUGAACAUCAAA